CGCGGCGGGUACCGGGGAGAGGACGGCGAUCGCACGCAAUGGCCUGAGCCCCCAUGGCUGCCCCUCAGGACCUGGACAUCGCUGUGUGGCUGGCCACGGUACACCUGGAGCAGUAUGCAGACACGUUCCGACGGCAUGGCCUGGCUACAGCGGGUGCAGCCCGGGCCCUGGGCCAUGAGGAGCUGAGGCAGUUGGGCAUCAGUGCCACAGGGCACCGGAAACGCAUUUUGCGCCUGCUGCAGAUAGGCACUGUGGAGGGCUCCCUGGAUCUCAAAUCAAACAGCACUAUGGAGCCAUCCCCCAGCCCAGCUCCCCCAGCACACCUCUCCAAACCUGUGCCCAAGCCCAGGACAGUGUUUGGUCUCAACAGCCCUGCUACCACCCAGAGGCCUGGGCUGAGCCUGGAGUCCAGACCACGCUCCCCUCCUUUCCCUACCUCCUCCUCUAAGCAGACUUCAACCCUGAAUACCAUGGAGAUGAUGCCCAAUGCCAUCUACUUUGGUCUGGACUUAAGAGGCGGGGCCCAGGCAGCUCAGGACAUAAACCAAGAGACCUUUCCGCUAAGGGCCCCAGACAGCUCCCAGACCGCUGCCCCUAUCCCUGCUCUAAGACCCACAACAGGCACAGUGCAUAUCAUGGAUCCUGGUUGCCUGUACUAUGGUGUCCAGCCUGUAGGGAUUCCAGGGACUCCAGACAGAAGAGAGGGCAGGGGUGUUGGUCAGGACAGAAUUGAACACAGUCUCAGCAGGCAGGAUCCGGAGGCACGAGAGGAUGUUGGCUAUGCCAGCCUUGAGCUACCGGGGGACUCUACCCUCUCACUACCCACCCUAGACACAGAGGAGACCGGUGAUGACCUCAUUUCACCCUACGCCAGUUUCUCCUCCACGGCAGACCGCCCCACGCCCCUGCUCAGUGGCUGGCUAGACAAGCUCUCACCUCAGGGAAAUUAUGUCUUCCAGAGGCGCUUUGUGCAGUUCAAUGGGAGGAGUCUAAUGUACUUUGGCAGUGACAAGGACCCCUUCCCCAAGGGUGUGAUCCCUUUGACUGCCAUUGAGAUGACCCGUGGCAGCAAGGACAAUAAGUUCCAGGUCAUCACCAGCCAGAGGGUGUUCAUGUUCCGCACAGAGAGCGAGGCCCAGCGGGACAUGUGGUGCUCCACGUUGCAAUCCUGCCUGAAGGAGCAGCGUCUUCUGGGCCACCCGCGGCCCCCCCAGCCACCCCGACCCCUCCGCACGGGCGUGCUGGAGCUGCGUGGACAUAAGGCCAAGGUGUUUGCUGCUUUGAGCCCUGGAGAGCUGGCGCUGUACAAGAGUGAGCAGGCCUUCACUUUGGGCAUUGGGAUCUGCUUCAUCGAGCUACAAGGCUGCAGUGUCCGGGAGACUAAAAGUCGAAGCUUCGACCUGCUCACACCCCAUCGCUGCUUCAGCUUCACAGCCGAGUCUGGGGGGGCUCGGCAGAGCUGGGCGGCCGCACUGCAGGAAGCAGUAACUGAGACCCUGUCUGACUACGAGGUGGCUGAGAAGAUCUGGUCCAAUCGGGCAAACCGGCACUGUGCAGACUGUGGGGCCUCCCGCCCAGACUGGGCUGCUGUCAACCUGGGCGUGGUCAUCUGCAAGCAGUGUGCAGGUCAGCACCGGGCCCUGGGUUCUGGAAUCUCUAAGGUGCAGAGCCUGAAGCUGGACACAAGUGUCUGGAGUAAUGAGAUCGUACAGUUGUUCAUUGUCCUGGGAAAUGAUCGUGCUAACCGCUUCUGGGCAGGGACACUACCCCCAGGGGAGGGGCUGUAUCCAGACUCAAACCCUGGCCCCCGGGGAGAGUUCAUCUCCCGAAAGUACAAGUUGGGUCUCUUCCGGAAGCCCCACCCUCAGUAUCCAGAUCAUAGCCAGCUUCUCCAGGCACUGUGUGCAGCUGUGGCGGGACCCAACCUGCUGAAGAACAUGGCCCAGCUCUUAUGUGUUGAGGCCUCUGAGGACGAGGAGCCCUGGUCCCCUGCAGCCCCUGAUGGAAGCUUCCCUGGCCAUCUACCAGCAGACCCCUCACCUGGUGUGUACAAUGAGGUGGUGGUGCCUGCUACUUACAGUGGUUUCCUGUACUGUGGUCCCAUCAGCAACAAAGCUGGACCCCCACCACCUCGCAGGGGCCGAGAUGUUCCCCCCCGCCUGUGGUGUGUGCUGGGAGCUGCUCUGGAAAUGUUUGCAUCAGAAAGCAGCCCUGAACCUGUCAGCCUCAUACAGCCCCAGGAUGUUGUAUGUCUGGGUGUGAGCCCCCCACCCACUGACCCAGGUGACCUCGACAGGUUCCCCUUUUCCUUUGAGCUCAUCCUCACCGGUGGGAAGAUUCAACAUUUUAGCACAGAUGGAGCUGACAGCCUGGAGGCCUGGACUAGUGCCAUGGGCAAGUGGUUCUCCCCGCUGAGCUGUCACCAGCUACUGGGCCCUGGGCUGCUGCGGCUGGGCCGCCUGUGGCUGCGGUCCCCCUCCCAUACAGCCUUGGCCCCCGGUCUCUGGCUGUCAGCGUUUGGCCUCCUUCGUGGUGACCACCUCUUCCUGUGUCCAGCACCGGGCCCAGGCCCCCCAGCCCCUGAGGACAUGGUACAUCUACGGAGGCUACAGGAGAUCAGUGUGGUCCCUGCAGCUGACACCCCAGACAAGAAGGAGCAUUUGGUCCUGGUGGAGACAGGAAGGACCCUGUAUCUGCAGGGGGAGGGCCGGCUGGACUUCUCAGCAUGGAACACAGCCAUUGGAGGUGCAGCUGGUGGGGGCGGCACAGGGCUGCAGGAACAGCAGAUGAGCCGAGGUGACAUCCCCAUCAUCGUGGACGCUUGCAUCAGUUUUGUCACCCAGCAUGGGCUCCGGCUGGAGGGUGUGUACCGGAAAGGGGGUGCUCGUGCCCGCAGCCUGAAACUCCUGGCUGAAUUCCGUCGGGAUGCCCGGUCAGUGAAGCUCCGACCAGGGGAACACUUUGUGGAGGAUGUCACUGACACACUCAAACGCUUCUUUCGUGAGCUUGAUGACCCUGUGACCUCUGCACGGUUGCUGCCUCGCUGGAGGGAGGCUGCUGAGCUGCCCCAGAAGGAUCAGCGCCUGGAGAAAUACAAAGAAGUGAUUGGCAGCCUGCCGAGGGUCAACCGCCGUACACUGGCCACCCUCAUUGGGCAUCUGUAUCGGGUGCAGAAGUGUGCGGCUCUAAACCAGAUGUGCACACGGAACCUGGCCCUGCUGUUUGCACCCAGUGUAUUCCAGACAGAUGGGAGAGGGGAGCACGAGGUGCGAGUGCUACAGGAGCUCAUUGAUGGCUACGUCUCCGUCUUUGAUAUCGAUUCUGACCAGGUAGCUCAGAUUGACUUGGAGGUCAAUCUUAUCACCACCUGGAAGGAUGUGCAGCUGUCUCAGGCUGGAGACCUCAUUAUGGAGGUUUAUAUAGAGCAGCAGCUCCCAGACAACUGUGUCACACUGAAGGUGUCCCCAACCCUGACUGCAGAGGAGCUAACUAACCAGGUACUAGAGAUACGGGGGACAGCAGCUGGGACAGACUUGUGGGUGACUUUUGAGAUUCGAGAGCAUGGGGAACUUGAGCGGCCACUGCAUCCCAAGGAAAAAGUCCUAGAGCAGGCCCUACAAUGGUGCCAGCUCCCAGAGCCCUGCUCAGCUUCCCUGCUCUUGAAAAAAGUGUCCCUGGCCCAGGCUAGCUGCCUCUUCACAGGUAUCCGGCGUGAGAGCCCUCGUGUGGGGUUGUUGCGCUGUCGUGAGGAGCCUCCCCGCUUGCUGGGAAGCCGCUUCCAGGAAAGGUUCUUUCUGCUACGUGGCCGCUGCCUACUGCUGCUUAAGGAGAAGAAGAGCUCUAAACCAGAACGAGAGUGGCCUCUAGAAGGUGCCAAGGUCUACCUGGGAAUCCGCAAAAAGUUAAAGCCUCCAACACUGUGGGGCUUCACAUUGAUAUUGGAGAAGAUGCAACUCUACUUGUCCUGCACUGAUGAGGAUGAGAUGUGGGAUUGGACAACCAGCAUCCUUAAAGCCCAGCAUGAUGACCAGCAGCCAUUGGUCUUACGACGCCGUUCCUCCUCUGACCUUGCCCGUCAGAAGUUUGGCACUAUGCCUUUGCUGCCCAUCCAUGGGGAUGACAGUGGAGCCACCCUCCUCUCUGCCAAUCAGACCCUGAGGCGACUACACAACCGGAGGACCCUGUCCAUGUUCUUUCCAAUGAAGUCAUCCCAGGGGUCUGUGGAGGAACAAGAGGAGCUGGAGGAGCCUGUAUACGAGGAGCCAGUGUAUGAGGAAGUGGGGGCCUUCCCUGAAUUGACCCAGGAUACCUCCACCUCCUCUGCCAUACAAGAACGGACAGACAAGACAGAGAUCCCCCUCACCAGCCAGAAGUCCUUUGAUCAACCCCUUCUCUCCAAGGCAAGCACCCUGAACCAGGAGGAAAGGCCACCUGAACCCCCUCCAGGUCCUCCUUCGAAGAGCAAUCCCCAAGCACAAGGAUCCCUAGAGGAGCAGCUGCUCCAGGAGCUCAGUAGCCUCAUUCUGAGGAAGGGAGAGACCAUUGGAGGACCAGGAAGUCCUUCCCAGCCAUCCAGCCCCCAAACCCCCAGCUCCAGCUCUACUGGCCUUCCAACACGGACACCUAGCUUCCCCACACAAUCCUCCUGCACUUCCAGUCCACCCUCCAGCCAGCCCCUCACAUGAUCCUAGGACCAGCAAUCAGAGAGGGUAGGUACCCAGAAGACCCAGAAACUCGGACCAUGGCAGACACUGCUGGGAGCUGCUUCUUCCCUGGCUGGAAAGACUCCAAAAUCUAGUGUGGUGCUAUGGAAGGAGCACUGGACUAAGUACUCUAAAAGCUGUGUGUCCUAGGAUGAGUCAUGGUCCCUCUCUGAGACUCAGCCCAUUUACUUGUACCAUAAGGGAACAGAAAUAAGGAGAGCAGUGAAUGUCAAACUGUAUUUCUCAGAGAUAUAAGCCAGCCCCACAUAUUUUCACUCAACAAGGGCAGCUUCUGCUUUAUAUAUUUGAUAUGUAGGUGUUCUGUGAGAGAUUUUGGAUUUCAAAGGAAUGGUUUUACUGCUUAAAGAAAAAAAUGGGGCUCGGCGCCUAUAGCUCAACCGGCUAAGGCGCCAGCCACGUACACCUAAG